CAGAAGUGGAAGUACCACUUUCUUGUCCAGAGAGCUUAGAAAACUCAAAGAAUUUUGAGCCGGAAAUAGAGAUAAAGGAAGGCUCUUUAAGCUAUUGCUCUGCAAUAGAAAAUAGUGAAGCAUUGUACUACUGGGGGUUUAAAGCUGAGAGUGAUUUACUUUAUCGUGCCUUUAAUGAAGUAUGUUUAGAAAUAUAUUCAGUUUUGGAUUGCAAAACAUUGACUAUUGCUAGUAGUAGUGAUGAGAAAAAAAUGUCUCUCCAUAUAUCAGCUUUUGAUAUUGUUGAUAACAUCGUCAACAAAAGCUUAUUUUCUUUACAAAUACUUAAUAUCCCAAAGGUAAUUGAAAUAAAAUGUAAUGAAAGUAGUAAAAAAUUGUAUAAGCAUAUCUGUCCAAAGAGAGCAAUAUUUCCAAAAGAUGGUACUGUUUUUGACUUUAUGCUAUGCCUACCUAAUGACAAGGCACCAGUUAUAGACAAUCCAAUCUUAGUUUUAAAAGAUAAAAUGUCAAUCGAAGAUAGGUCGAUACCAGAAAAAAAUAAAAUCGAUGCCAGAACUAUUGAAGCUGAAGUCAAUUAUAUAGAGAAACUACUUAAUGAAAUGAAUAUCAAAAGUUUUGAUGUUUUAUAUCCAACUACUGUGUCUCCAGAUAUAUUCACUUUAAGAAAUAUAACAGGAUCACAUUGCCCUCUAUGUAAUCGAGAACAUAGCAAUGAUAAUAAAUAUAUAGUCCAAAAAAGAAAAACCUAUUAUUUCUAUUGUCAUCGUGCAGAUAAAGAUAUGCCUAAAGGUACAAAAAAACCUUUAUUAAAACUUAUUAUUAAUGAGACUGUUGGAAAUUAG